AUGCGACCUACAACCUACAACACCUUUCUUGUGGCUCUAUUUCUUUCCCAAUUUGCCUCUUCCAUUCCUAUCCAGCCUAGCCGCGGACCGGACCCAGGCUACGCUCAUCCAUCGAACGGAAUCUGCGCAGAUUAUACCAUUAAGGAGGAGAUUACGACGACCAACCAAAUUUGGGUGUAUCCACCCCUGGCAAAUGACUUCGAUGUUGCGCAGGCUCUGGCCAAUAUCUCCAGCAAGGAGCCUUCAACCGGGUAUCAGCCUCUGUCUGGGGUGGUAAAUGUAACAAAGACGUAUGAAAUUGCUGGGACGUUCUGCACACCCAAAGAAAAGAAGGGUGGUAAAGAGACGAUUGUUCUGGUCGCGACGCAUGGAGUGGGAUAUGAUCGCCGAUACUGGGCAUCAUCUUACAUGCCUGAGCAGUACAACUUCGCUCAGUAUGCGCUCGAGAGUGGAUACUCGAUCUUCUAUUAUGACCGUUUGGGUGUGGGGAAGUCGGAAAGGAUCUCGGGUUACGACAACCAAGCGAUCAUCCAAGCAGCACUCCUCACCAAGAUCACGGAGGCCAUUCACAACGGAGCGUAUACAUCCGAUAUCAAAGCCUCAAAAGUCGCCCUUGUCGGUCACUCCUUCGGUUCUAUCCUGUCCAGUGCUGUGACCAGCGACAGACCCGAUUUAGUCGAUGCACUCGUACUGACGGGUUGGGCCUAUCCAAACGACACCGACCCUGCUGCAUUCGCUCCCGUCUUCACACCAACCGUGUUCGCUUCACGUCUUGUGUCUAAUACAUCCGGCUAUGGCACCGGCUACCUCGACUUUGGCGACAUAUAUGCCCACGUGCAAGCCUUUAUGCAUCAGCCGGGCUACGAUAUUGCCACCGCCAAAUACGCGUAUUCCAUCUCACAGCCUUAUGGCAUCGCCGAGUUUCUCUCGGGCAGGGCGCUGAACCUGCAGGCGGCGGACUAUAAGGGCAGCGUGCUGCUUGCCGCCGGGAAAUAUGACGUUUUGCUUUGUGGUGGUGACUGUGCGGAUACGUUCGAGGGAGGUGUACAGGACAUGGUCUAUCCGAGUGCAAGCAAAAUCGAGCCAUAUGUGCAGCCCGGAGCGGGACAUGGUGGAAACUUCGGAACAACUGCGUUGGAGCUCUAUAAAACCAUUGUGGAGUUCUUGGACAGUGAGCUGUAG